AAGAGGGACAGUACAUUAUAGCAUUUGGACUAGUCAGUUUCUGAUUGGAAUGUAUACAUAAUUAGUCAUUUCAAACAUAUUUUCCUCUAUCAAUCCAUCCGGCUGGACAACCUGCUGGCUACUCGUGGACGUCCAGAUCAGGGUCUGGUUGUUUCAUCCUCCUGCAUACCCUCUCCGAUACCCAUGAAACUGGGAAAGGUGCGCAGGGAGACCGGAGGGGGUUAUCACUUGUGCACCAUAUGUGGCCGUAGAGGUUACACUGCUGGUCGGUGCCGGGUUGUUUCCUCUGAGAAUCGAGGUAGCAAGCAGAGCAUUCUGGCGUCACCCCAGGGUAUCAGCCGGUUCUGGCUCCUUGGCAUCAGUCAGACAGAGGCUCCUGCGGUGGACAAUUGGUCCCGGCGCACGGAGGAAACCUGGGAGGCUGCCCACGUCCACCUUCAGGGCGCCAUUCUGCGCCAGAAAGUUGGCGCAGACCGUCACCGCAGUGAGGUCCCGGUGUUUGCACUAGGGGACAGGGUAUGGCUCUCGACCCGAAACCUGCCCCUCCGCCUGCCCUGCCGGAAGCUGAGUCCGCGGUUUGUGGGGCCGUUUAAAGUCCUGAGGAGAGUGAACGAGGUAUGUUGUAGGUUAAAGCUACCCACUAAUUACCGUAUUAACCCCUCGUUCCAUGUGUCUCUCCUCAGGCCGGUGGUGGCUGGCCCGCUUCAGGAGGCUGAAAUGCGGGAUGUUCCUCCGCCCCCUCUGGACAUUGAGGGUGUCCCGGCGUACGCCGUUCGAUCCAUCUUGGAUUCAAGACGUCGGGCGAGGGGCCUUCAGUACCUUGUGGACUUGGAGGAGUACGGUCCGGAGGAGAGAUGCUGGGUUCCGGUGGAGACGUGUUAGAUCCUUCCAUGCUGCGAGAAUUCCACCGUCUCCAUCCGGAUUGUACUGUGCCUUGCCCUCCGGAUCCCCGAGGCCGGUGUCGUGGGGGGGGGGGG